UAAUAGGAGUAAAACAUUACUUAGUCAAAAUUUCAGUAGAGCUUUAUAUUAUAAUCGUUCAUAGAAAAGUCUUCGGUGAAAAAGAAAAAAAAAUGGCGUUCAUGGGAGAAAUAUGGUCUCAAGUGGGCUCAGUGAUGGCAAGCAUUAUGUUUGUUUAUGCCAUAGUUCAACAAUACUUUCCCUACAAUCUUCGGCGUCAUCUUGAAAAGCAUAGCAACAAAAUCGUGGGCUUCGUCUACCCUUAUAUCCAAAUUACCUUCCCCGAAUACACUGGUGACCGUUUCAACCGCAGUGAGGUCUAUGUAGCGAUCCAGAACUAUCUCAGCGCAAAUUCUUCUUCUCGAGCUAAGCGACUCAAGGCUAACGAUACCAAAGGAAGCAAAUCUUUGGUUCUAAGCUUGGACGAUAACGAAGAAGUCACCGAAGAAUACCAAGGCGUUAAACUCUGGUGGACUGCUUACAAAAACGUCCCACAAGGCUCCUCCAAUCCCUUCUAUCCCAACUCCGACGAGAAGAGGUUUUUCAAGCUCACCUUCCACAGAAGCCACCGAGAGUUCAUCACUGAAUCUUAUCUCAGUCACAUGGUCGAAGAAGGAAAAGGCAUAGCCUUCAAGAAUCGCCAGCGAAAGCUUUACACUAAUGGUUCUGGUGAGAGCAAUUACGGUGGGAAUCGGAGCAAGUGGAGCCAUGUCCUGUUUGAGCAUCCGGCCAGUUUCGAUACUCUGGCUAUGGAACCCAAGAAGAAGCAGGAGAUCAUAAACGACCUUCUUAAGUUCAAGAAGGGAAAAGAGUACUAUGCUAAAAUUGGGAAAGCUUGGAAGCGAGGGUAUCUUCUUUAUGGUCCUCCCGGCACUGGAAAGUCAACCAUGAUCUCUGCCAUGGCUAACUUUCUAGAUUAUGAUGUCUAUGAUUUGGAACUCACGGCUGUUAAGGACAACACGGAGCUGAGGAAGCUGUUGAUCGAGUUAUCGAAUAAGUCCAUCAUUGUAAUUGAGGAUAUCGACUGCUCACUUGAUCUUACUGGUCAGAGAAAGGAGAAGGAGAAAAAAGAAGAUAGUGAACAGAGCAAAGACCCUGCUAGCAUUCGCAAAAGGGCCGAAGAAGAAGAUAAGAAUAGUCAGAGUAAAGUCACUCUCUCUGGACUUUUGAACUUUAUUGAUGGGAUUUGGUCAGCUUGUGGAGGUGAGAGACUUAUUGUGUUUACUACUAACUAUGUUGACAAACUUGAUCCUGCUCUUAUUCGAAGAGGAAGAAUGGACAAGCACAUAGAGCUCUCCUACUGUGGUUUUGAAGCGUUUAAGGUGCUUGCCAAGAACUACUUAGAUGUUGAGUCACACGCUCUGUUUUCUACAAUUGAGCGUUUGUUGGGUGAAAUUGAUAUGACUCCUGCUGAUGUGGCUGAGAAUUUGAUGCCAAAAUCUGAUGAGGAAGACGCAGAUAAGUGUUUGAAGAAUUUGGUUGAAGCUCUUGAGAAUGCCAAGGAAGAAGCUAUAAAAAACAAGGCUGAGGAUGAAGCAAAGUUGAAGGCUGCAGAGGAAGAAAAGGUAGAGGCAGAGAAAGAAAAGUUGGAAAAAGUGAGUGAACCAGAGUCUGCUAGAGAAGAUGUCAAAUGUAAAUGUGGUAAUGGAACACUGGAUGAGGAAGUGAAAGAGAAUGGAGCAGUCACCGUUUAGGGUAGGUUUUUGGUAAGAAAGAAAUUGUAUGUCUUUUGAUUAUGCCUAGUAUUAGGAUGAGUUAUCUAUUUUUUCCUUGUUUUUCCUUAAAUACUUUCCGUGUACCUGAAUUACUCUAUAUAUAAGUCAGCCCCUUUGAAGUUUUUCACAUGAGAAUUGCUAAGGAGCACAACUCUACACAAGGAGGUGGUAUACUAUUAUUGGUGCAAUCCAAUUUCG